AGAGAUGCUGCUGUGAACGAGUCUAACAGGUUAAGGAUGUUUUCCUUUAGAGCCAAUGUGAUGAUCUUUUUCUUUUGAUAGCCACUCAGUAAAAAGGCAAGAUUGUGAUCACAGCUGUUUAGAAACAGCAUACAGAUAUACAGAUACUUUCCUUUACGUUGGACCUGCCAACACAGAGCUGUAAGCAUGUCGAAAUCAAUGGUAGUCACGCAGCCACAGCCUGUUAUGGUCUCUAGACAUUCUGACCAAUGGGGGUCAGGCACCUUUGACUGCUGCGAUGACAUGUCUGAAUGCUGCUUUGCUUUCUGGUGUUUACCGUGUUUCACGUGCAUAAAAGCCAAGAAUUACGGUGAGUGCUUAUGUCUCCCCCUGCUGGACUUCUUCGGGUGCGUCCCACCCAUAACCAUGUCCAUAAGAGUCUCAAUGCGCCAGCGUUAUGGGAUUAAGGGUGAUAUGUGUAAUGACUGCCUGUUGGUCACUUGCUGCAGAGCAUGCGUUUGGUGUCAGAUGUCACGAGAGAUGAAAGCACGAGAUCUACAAAUCACUCUUGUUGGUGCCAGGAAUUUAUAAUGUGUUUUGAAGUAGCUAUGCUGUUUGUGUAUAUACUACAAAUGAAGAAAUCUUGAAGGAAAAUGAAGGAAAAUCUUUUUGUAAUGAAAACAGUAAAUGCCUGUGCUGUCAUAUAUCUUUAUGUCAGGUACUCUGCUUCUAAUCUGCAUAAUAUCAUGACAAGUGUGAUCAGCUAAAUUAGUGUGUGACACAUCUAUAUGAAAACUUUAUGGAAAAAAAUAUACUGUUGUUUAUUUGCGACAAUAGUAAAAAGUACUUAAAAUCAUCAGUGUUUUUUUGUCUUAUAAACCUUAUUAAAACAAUUCAGAAAUUUCUGUAAUUCUGUAAUUGAGCAGAACACAAAGAAAAACAAUUUGCAUUUAGUUAUGGCAUGAUAAAUGUGUAUGAGAAAAGAAAAGUGUAUUGCUUCCCAACAUGUUUGCUUUUCCCAUUUGCCUUUAUUGUGGGACUGAAAAUCUUUGAUAUCUUUCACAUGUGUUGUUAAACAAUAAAUUAUUGAUCAUUU